AUGAAGCUGUUUGUAUUUCUUGUAUUAUUAUCCUGUUGCCUGGCAACAAUCCAUGCCGCACCGGAGAAGAAACAGCCACGUUCCCGUAAUGUCGAUAAUGUUGGCCAGGAGCAGGAUGCCAAAUUGGGUAUGCCGAUGGCAUCCGGAUCAGUGGCAUCAUCAGCUGGAGCUGCAGCUGGAGCUGCAGCUCAGGUCACCAAGGAUCCAUCGAGCGGCCGAUUGUUCCUAAAGAAAUUCCUUACAUUCAAGAAUCUGUUUAGCAGCAACAAUCAACCGGUGAUUCCGAUCAUCAUUACGGGAGCGGGAACGGGCACUACUACAGGAACGGCCACUUCCCCCACCGUGACGGUGACCUCGACGGGUACGAUACCUUCGGCAACGGGCACCAUUACCACAUCACCAACGUCACCAACAACACCAACAACAACAGCCGGAAGAUUCACCGUACGCAAGAGUUAUGGCGAUGAGGAGGCAGGAAACCAGGAGCAGGACCAGGAAUUAGAGCAGGAUCUGAAUCAGGAUGAGGACGAUGAGCAACAGCAACAGGUACAGCAACCGGCUCAGGCCUAUCCCGCCGAUCUGAUGGACGAACAGGCCCUGCAGGCCGCAUUGGCAGCCGGUGCCCAAGAAUAUGAGGUUGUCACCCAACCGGAAAUCCAGGGCACUGGCCAGAGCAAGGCCACCCAGAGCAGUCACAUUAAUCUGCGACGCAAGGGUGCUCGUCGCGGUCAAGUGAUUAGCGUUCGCAUACCGCCCAGGUAUCGUCGUUAUUUCAAAAAUGGCCAAAAGGUGAUGCUCAACACUGGCAAUCGGCCAGUGAACAAGCGCCGUGUUGUCCGCAAAAGGAUUCCCAACAAGAGGAUCAAUAACAAGGGCAACAUGAAUCGUCGUCGUGUCAAUGGCAAGAAGAAUCGCAAGAAUCGCAACAAGAAUCGUCGUCGCAUCACCGCUGUCUAA